AUGGGCGGCAAACAUAGUCGUUCGCGAAUAAUAAGCGGAGUUAAAUUGCUGGAACAUAACGCUGAAGAAAUUGAUAAAUUGGAUGAAUUAGUAGCUAAUAUCAAUGGAACAGGUAAUUUAAUUAAUUUACAGAAAAUAACAGUUGAUAGUGAUAAAUACGAUGAAAAUAAAGUUCCAGCUAGAAAUAGCAGAACCAACCAAGAUUAUAAUAUUGCGGUCGAUAUUGAUGUCAAAAAAGUUAGGAAAAAUCUCUUAGAUUUAAGCCAAGAUUUACAAAGCGAUAUUGAAAGUAAAAAUGUUUUAACUGAUUUACCGAAUAAUUUUCGGCAAAAUGAUAUUAAUAUUUUAAAUGAUACUAAUUUAAAUGCGGCGGUAAUGAAUGAGCACGAAAUAGAUAAAGUAAAUGAUAUAAUAAGACGAAUAGAUAAUGAAACUAAUCCAAAUAAUUUAAUAAGUGAAACGGCGGCUAUUAAUUAUACUGAAAACCAAGUCCCAGCCAGCAAAAGCCACACGGCCAUUAAAAAUAAAAGAAAUGCUAAAAAAAAUCAAUUAGACCAAACCGCCCAAGACCAGCAUGACCGCACUGCCGCCAUUCAAUCCGUUACAAAUUAUUACAAUAACUUAAAUAUUAGUGAACGAAUAAAUGAUAUUUGUGCCAAAGUUCAACCCGAUAUCACGGUCAUUGAAACCGAACUGAAUAAAAAACCCGUUAUUUCCAGCAGUGAAUUAUCAACUGAUUAUCAGUCCGCCCUGAUUAAUUUAGCCACUAACGAUACCCAACGAACUACUCGUAAGCAAGAAAUAAUUGCUGAAAUCAACCAAGUUCGAAGUGCUAAGUUAGACCAAAUUCGGCAAAUAAUUACUAACGCCCAAGAAAUUCUCAACCAAGACGGAGCCACCAAAGAAGAAUUGGAACCAGUUAUUCAAUCAUUAAAAACUCUGGCUGACGCUCCCGCGGAUAGUGCCGAAAAAAUUGUUUGGGAAGAAAACUCAGAUACUAAUCACCAAUUAUUAACUGAUUUAGAAGCCAAGUUAAACCAAAUUACUCCACCCGAGCAAACUCCAAACCACGACCAACCAACUACCCCCAACUACCAGCCAACUAAGGACACCCCGCAACAACCCCAAACC